UAUUUUGGAUCGACCCAGCAUCCGAUUCUUCAAACUGACAUGUCCAUCUGAAAGAACAUUCGCAGGGAAUAAAACUGAAAAAGGAGAAAGAGGGAACAUCUUGAAAAAUAUCAAUGGCGGACCCGAAACAUGAUCCGUCAUCUACUUCUUCUUUCUCAGGCAAGGACAGUGUGGGGUCAAGGGAACAAAGAGAAGUAAAGGACAGAAAGAAGUCUCCAUAUAAGCACCAUAGGGAAACUCAUGGGAUGAGCGAUGAUUUUGAUGAGAACACGCCCAUUGGUGAUUUCAAAGGUCCCAACGUAUUUGAGCGAGCAAAGGAAGAGUUUGAGGCCUUUAUUGAUACGAUUCACCCUAAGAAAGAAUCCAGUGGCCUUGCAAGUGGUGGCAAGAACAAUGUGACGCCACCAAAAGUAGAAGUAAGAAAGGAACACAAAGAAGGAGCUGAGCGAAUGAAGUCUCCACAUAAGCACCGUAGGGAAACUCAUGGGAGGAGUGAUGAUUUUGAUGCCAACACACCCAUUGAUGAUUUCAAAGGUCCUAACGUGUUUGAGCGUGCAAAGGAAGAGUUUGAGGCCCUUAUCGAUACGAUUCACCAUAAGAAAGAAUCUGGUGGCCCUGUAUUGUCACCCGACAAGAGAAGUGAUGUCUCACCCAAGAAGAAAAGCGAUAUUUAUGACUGUCUUGGACCUCUUGGCAAAGGGCUAGAAAAAGUUUGCUCACCUGGAAGUCACAAGAAAGAUUGAUGGUAUGCCUUUCUAUAGUUUGAAAGAUGUUCCUGUUUCUCUUGCUACUCAAAGAUUUAAACAGAUUGUAUUUUGGCUUCCAAAUGCCUAUUGUUUCUUGAUAAGGAGGAAGAAGCCUUUGUACUCUUCAGUUUAAAUCACAAAUGUUGUCAGUUGAUACCUGCAUUAAUAUAGUGUGAGAUUUAUUUAUAAUCA